AACAUUAAUUAUCAUACAUUCAUAACAACAAUAUCAAGAACAAUGGCAAAGUCUACAAUCAUCCUUAUCUCCACCCUUUGCUUUUUAUCCUUCUUUGGUUCGGUUUAUUCUCACAGUGACCGCUUCUUUGUCGAGGGCGUUGUUUACUGUGACACAUGCCGCACCCAAUUCAUCACUAAAUUGACCGAGUUCUUGGAAGGUGCAACCGUUCGCGUCGAAUGCAAAGAAGAAAAUGGAACACUAACAUUCAGCAAAGAGGUAGUAACAGGACAUGGAGGAUCAUACAAAGUUGAGAUUGAUGGAGACCAUGAAGAUGAGAUUUGUCAAGUUGUACUUUUGAAGAGUCCAAGAAAGGAUUGUUCAGAAGUUGACACAGAUUCUCACUUAGAACAAGCAGCUAGAAUCAGUGUCACAAACAACAAUGGAAUUGUGUCCCCUAUUCGUACCACUAACCCUCUUGGUUUCCUUAAGAAAGAGCGUCUUCCAGGUUGUCUUGAAAUUUUCAAGGAACUUGGAAUCAAUGAAGAUGGUACUACGGCCGAUGAUGAUUAAAUUAAUUAUAGCUUAUUAAUUAAGGAGGGCUUGGGUAGCUUAAUUAAUCUUUUGCUUUUCCCCCAUUAAUUUUUAUUGUUAUGUAAUAAUGAAAUACACUACAAGAAAAAAGGUUUUUGGCAGCCACAAAUUGAAGUGAAAGAAAUGGUCACAAGAAAGGGGGGUUUGAAUUGUGACCCUUUAAAAAAUUUAAUCUUGCACUACAAAAUUGAUCUCAAUGUAUACUUGGAUAAAUGUUAGUGAAAUAAAAAACAGCUUAUUAAGAGAAUGUUCUUUGCUGUGUUC